AUGGGCAUGUCUGGAAUGGCAUCGACCUUCUCGAGCAGUACGCAUGUCACCCUAUGGUUCACCGAAUGGACAACGACAACAACGGCAACCUAUGUGUUGACUAUCUUCUUUCUCUUUUUCCUGGGUAUCUUCAACCGAUUCCUUAGUGCGCUCAAAAGCCAGUUGGAGAUGAAAUGGAAAGGACAGCACGAGACUAAGAGCACCUUGCCAUCCAUACCUAACACGGAGAAGCUCGGUCACGAUGUUCGUGGCCAUGCUCGACAAUGGAGCCGUGCCGUACGACAGCAGCCUUUUGACAUGGAUGAUAAAGAGAGGCAAGAGAUCGAGCCCUUGAGUCCGGCAGAACCGCGAUUAAUAGAGGCUGAGGAAAUUGGCCUCUCACGACACCGACACGUAUCCUCAAAGAGUUUCUGGAUAGCGCAAGCACCCUGGAGCAUAAGAAAAGAUGGGAUAAGCGCUGCUUUAGAAUUUGUUCGAGCACUGAUUGGCUAUGUUCUGAUGCUUGCUGUCAUGACUUACAAUAUCGGGUUCCUGUUUGCGGUCACGGCAAGCGUGCUCUUUGGCGAGCUGUUAUUUGGGCGAUACACACGAGGGGGCUUUACAAAUAUGGUUGAAGAUGGCUGCCAUUCUUGA